GCAGUUAACAUGCAAUAUACUUAGUACAGCAGAAUCAAACCGCUUGGAGAGGGUGCUUAUGGCAAAGCUUAUUUGGUGAAGGAUGUAAAGGAUGGGUAUGAAGGUUUGAUUUAUUGUAAGUUCACUAUGGGUUUAAAAAUAAAUCGACAUUAAUGCGAUGACAGAAAAAGAGAAGAUCGAAACCUACAGGGAAUUUAAAGUGCUACAAUAACUGCAGCAUCCCAACAUCAUCAAGUUCAGAGAUGUGUACAUUACGACCUAGGGGAAACUCUGCAUCAUCAUGGAAUAUGCUGAUAGUAAAUUUAUCUCCCUAUUCUAUUUAGGAGGCGACUUAGCUUAAAUACUUAAGAACUAGAAUGGAAAGCAACUCUCAGAGAAUUAAAUUUUGGAUUGGUUUACCCAAAUUUGUUUGGCUCUUAAGCAUGUUCACGAUCGUAAAAUCCUACAUCGAGAUUUGAAAUGCUAGAACAUCUUCAUUACCAAAACUAAUCGCAUUAAGUUGGGUGAUUUUGGAAUUGCCAGGGUGCUGUCACACACCUUAGAGAAUGCAAAAACCUAAAUUGGAACACCUUAUUAUCUCUCUCCAGAAAUAAUAGAAUCUAAACCUUAUUCAUACGCAGUAUUUAAAUCAAUUAAUGUAGAGUGAUAUUUGGUCGGUAGGUAUUGUCCUGUAUGAGAUGUGCAUGUUGAAACCUCCUUUUGAAGCUGAGAGUCUGCCUUUCCUUUGUCUAAAAAUUUGCAAAGGCAGUUUCUCCAAUAUCUCCUCCAUCUACUCAUCCGACUUAAAUGCCAUUAUCAAGCAAUUACUAUAAUCAAACCCAAACAGAAGACCAACUAUUAAUAAAAUAUUGAGUAAUUUUCAAUUCAUUUAAUUUCAGAAAUCCCACUAAUUGUCAAAAGAAUUAAGGAAUUUCUGAGUCAAAGCAUUCAACAAAAUGAAUUCUCCCAUACCGUAUUGCAUAAUCAAGUAAAAUUAUUGUUUCAAAUCAAGAGAUUAGAUAUAGCUACCAAAAUAGAUGAAAUUAAAGUUCUUGACGAUCUACCCAAACCUCCCAGUCUAGUUAACCAAUAAUCCAGUGGACCCAUCUACUAAAACCCAGUUCCUCUUGUCAAAGCCAACAACUCUACUCCAAAUAACAUUCAAAAUACUCCAAAACCUUCCCAGCCUAAAUAAGUACAAUAACCUUAGAAACCACUUCCUUCCAAAAGAGAAAGAUCUUUUACUCCACAAAAGAAUCAAAUACAGAAAAAAAAUAAUAUCCAAGUCUCAAAAAACAACCCCAUCAUUAAUCUUGCUAAAAAUGACAGCAAAAAGAAAGUAGAUCAAGUUCAAUCAACCAAUCAAAUUCCAUAAACUAAAAGAGAUUCGCAACUUGAUCAAAAUCCUAAGAAGUCUAAAUUAGCCAACAAUGUUAGUUCACCCUCCUUGCAAUAAAAACAACCCCUUUAAAAACCAUUAUUACAAUAAUAACCUUCCCAAUAAUAGUUAAAAUAGUAAUAACCUUAGUAAAAAAUUGAAAGUUUUGAAAACAUAAAUGAAUAUGAUGAUACAGAAUAAGAUGAAGUACAAAUGGACUAUGGAAUUAAAUUUGAUUAAUCUGACGAUAAAAAUGCUAGUGAAGAUGCCAAAAUCUUUGCAAAAAUGGAAGAAGCUGUAAAAAUCAUAAUUUAUAUGAUUAGCUAAUUGAAAAGGAAGAUAUUGAUGAGUAAUUUGAACAAACCAAAAAAAGAAUUAUGGAAAGCGAAGGCUAAGCGGAAAUACUCGUUGAAGAAGAAGAAUAGGAAGUCUAAGACAGUGUAUAACCUGUAAGUGAGUCAAGUCAAUUAUCCUUCCUUGGAAAAUCUAAUGGAGUACUUCAAUUAAGGACAUUAUUAGAAUAAGUAUUAGGAGCCAAUAAAACACAAUAAGCCUUCAAAAUAUUAUUAAAGUAAUAUGAUGUUUAAUUAGAGUGAAUUGAAUACAAAACCCUUAGAGGAUGUAGAAAAACACGGGUAAAAUUAUUAUCAGAAAUUGCUACCCUUUUUAUCUUUAGAAGAACGCAAGAAUUUUGUUCCGCUUCUUUUUUAACUAAUAGUGUUAACAUAAUGA